GAACAAGCUGAGUCUGAGCCCAGUUCCCAACGUUCACUCUUCUUUCCCUCUAACCCCAUAACGGUCACAUUUGCACCCUCCUUCACUACUCUACUCCCGACUCACAUUUCACACCACACACUCACACUUACACUCGCUCUCAACGGCGUAACGCUUUCUGCUUUCGCUCUCUCUUUCUAUGGAACCUGCGAAGAUAGACUGGAAGAGAGUAGCGCAAGAAUGGAACUUCGUAGAAGACGCCCUAUACGAGAACAUCAACGCCCCCAAAUGGGUUGACUUCUUGUCCGUUGAUCAUUACUCCCUCAAUCAUGUUGAUGACGAAGCUUGGUUUUGCAGGCCCGAUUGCAAGCAUCCAAAGACAGCAGAGGAUUUUCUCAGAUCAAAGACUCCUUCCAAGGCUUAUGUUUCAGAAAAUCUUCCUCUUGGUGACCAAAAUAGAAGAGAUGCAAAAAUUAAGAGAAGGGUGCCCACCCUCCCAUCAGCUUCUCCCCCAGAUGGCAAAUCAAGAUUCAACCAAGAUAGCGAAAACCAAAACCCAAAUGUGUUUACACCUCCAAUGAAUCCAUUCAAGUACAUGAAGGCUGCAGUCAAGUCAAGUGAAGAGAAGAAAAAACCAGCUGAUGACACAUUCCUGAACAACAAGGCACCUUCGUUGAGAUCAACUCUUUCUGCAAAGAAUUUGUUCGCAGGGCGGCCUAUUCUGAAUCAAAUCACAGAAUUCUGCAACGAGUUGAAGAAAUUGGCAACAAGAGCUAGGGAGAGAGAAAACGCUGAGAAUUUGAACCCUUUGAAGAGUGAAGAGGCUGUGGAGAAGUCCCCAUCUCCUGUGCAACCUUUGACAGAGUUAGAUAGAAGAGAGAAAGAGAGGAAGCCACUGAUUGAAGUGGGAAAGGCUGAAAAACUGGAUGGUGCAAGUGUUAACGGGAAGCUACAGAGAAAGAAAAGACCUGAUGGGUCAGAAAAUGUGCCAAUAUCUCUUAAUAUUGAGAAUGUAAGACAUAAAAGGGAGGAGCUCUUACAACAGCAAGUUCGAACGAAUCCUCCCUCUCCUCAGUGCUUCUCUGCCACAAGAAUCGGACCGAAUAAAGCUACACCUUCAAAGGCUCCUAAGUCCAGGCUAAUGGAAAGAGCAAUCCUACAAGAAGUUGAGCAAAACCAGGAAAUCGCAAAAGAGUUCCCAGCAAUGAACAGCAGAAGUAAUGCUACAAUAGUUGAUGGAAAAGGAGAAACAAAGCCAUUGGACAUGUUGUGGUUCUUGAAGCCUUGCACACUUUCAAGCUGAAUAUAUUUUUUAUUAAACCUUGGAGGCAUUAAUUAUUAUAUAUAAUAUAUAUCAUUCCAUUCAUUC